AUUACAGAAAAGGAAAAAAAAAGAAAGAAAUAAGCAAUUGAGAAGAGAGAAGAUGAAUGAAGGGGCAGGGGGGGCACUUGGCUACUUUUUUAUGUUGCACGCAUCCAUGGCAGAACACACAGAUUAAACGACUAGACGAGAGAAGAUCAAACCAUUCAUCCGUUUCUCCAACAUACAACACCAUUUCCCUUCUCUUCCUUUCACCUUUAGCAGGAUUGAUUGCUCUCUGCUCUCUGCUCUCUGCUCUCUCCCAGUAUAUACAUACAUUCACAUUCAUGCAUGUAUAUAUUCUCGAUUUCUCUGCACUUCUCCAAGCGUGCUCACACUCACACUGUGUUGGCUGGAAUUUGAGGAUUCAGUUGUUUAGACUUAGAUGAAGGGGAUGCCCUUGCCCUUUGAUUUUCAGGGGAAGGGGGUCUUCGACUUUGAUUUUUUACUGAAAAACACUGAUUUCAUCAAAAAAGACUGUUUCAGCUUCGGCGAGCCUACAUCUGUGCUGGAUUCCGCCAGAAUUACAUCCUCUUCAACUCUGUCUUCAUCUCUCGGCGGAGGUGGUGCUGCUUCUACCGACACGGCCGGCGUGGCGACUGUUUCGGACGCCAAAUGGCACCAAGACUCCACCACUGCAACAAGCUCCAAUGCCAGAGGAGGAGCAACUGACUCCGACCUCCUUCCCGUUCCGCCGUCUCUAGAGAUCGGAGGCGCCGGCAACCCGGAUAAAGUUUCCAUGGAGGAUUGGGAGAGUGUGCUGUCGGAUUCUGCGGCGGUUUCGCCCAGCCAGGAGCAGGCCUUCCUCCGCUGGGUCAUGGGUGAUGUGGACGAUCCUGCCAAGUCUCUCCAAAUUGCCCCCGCGGAUUUCGAUUUUAGCGGCGGUGGCUUUGGUGUGGUGGAUCAAGGGUUCGGCGGGGAGCAAUUUGGGGGAAGCAGCAGCUUCAUGCCCUCGCUCCCAAUUUUCCCAAAUACCAACAGAUCCAGCGUUGAGAAGAUUGAAAUGAGACCUCCCAUUUUCAACCACCACCAGCCCUCCUUCUUCCCGCUGUCGUUCAAUCAACAGCAAGAGCAGAGCCUCUUCGGGCCUCCUCAGGCCAAGCGCCACAACCCCGGAUGGCCCGCUGACGACUCGAGAGGGACGUUUACGGACACCGGGCAGUUUCCUCAUUACCUGCAGCAGCAGAAGCCCAAAAUGGAGGAAUUAGGGCAGCAGCAGGCCAUAGUCGACCAGCUCUUCAAGGCUGCGGAGCUUGUCCAGACAGGUAAUCCGGUACUCGCGCAAGGGAUAUUGGCGCGGCUCAAUCACCAGCUCUCCCCCACUGGUAAGCCUUUCAAUAGGGCUGCCUUUUAUUGCAAGGAGGCUUUGCAAAUGAUCCUUCAAACUAAUGUCAACAACUCUUCUUCAACGCCUUUUAGCCUCGUUUUCAAGAUUGGUGCUUAUAAAUCUUUCUCUGAGAUCUCUCCUCUUGUCCAAUUUGCCAACUUUACUUGCAAUCAAGCAAUUCUUGAAGCUCUCCAAGGCUUUGAUAGGAUUCAUAUUGUUGAUUUCGACAUUGGCUAUGGCGGCCAGUGGGCGUCUCUUAUGCAGGAGCUUGCACUUCGUGGCGGGGGCGCACCCUCCUUCAAAAUUACUGCCCUUGCUUCUACUUCUUCCACCUAUGAUCAGCUUGAGCUCGGUCUCACACGGGAGAAUCUCAUCCAGUUUGCUAGCGAGAUUAACAUUGCAUUCGAGUUUGAGGCUAUUAGUAUUGAUUCCUUGAAUUCUGCUUCAUGGUCUUUGCCUUUCCACGUGCAAGAGAACGAGGCGAUUGCAGUGAAUCUCCCUGUCUGCUCUCUUGCCAAUCACCAGUUCUCGGUGCCACUAAUCAUGCGCUUUGUCAAGCAGCUCUCACCGAGGAUUGUGGUUUCUGUCGACAGAGGGUGUGAUAGGACUGAUCUUCCGUUCGCCAACCAUGUAGUCCACGCCCUCCAGUCUUACUCUAACCUGCUCGAGUCUCUUGAUGCCGUCAAUGUGAAUGUGGAUGCCCUGCAGAAGAUUGAGAGGUUCUUGCUCCAACCGGCCAUUGAGAAGAUAGUGAUGGGCCGUCAUCGCUCACCUGAGAAGACGCAGCAUUGGAGGUCUCUCUUUUUGUCUUCAGGAUUCUCCCCGAUAACAUUUAGCAACUUCACAGAAUCACAAGCGGAGUGUGUGAUAAAGAGGACUCCAGUUCGAGGUUUUCAGGUCGAGAAGAGGCAGUCUUCUCUCGUUCUAUGCUGGCAAAGGAAGGAACUGGUCUCUGCUACGGCUUGGAGAUGCUGAAGCAAGUGGAAUUCUUCUAGAAGGUGCUAUGAAAUUUCACAAACUCAACUACUGCCUAAAAAAAUCUAUGAAUAUUCAUCAUGCCUGAGUUUCUUCAAUGAUUCGGGCAGAUUUGUUUCCAACUUUCAAAUGAAUUAGACACAUUUUAGCACUGGAUUUUCUAGUAUAGUUUAAUCUUAUUCGAUGUUGUAUGUUCUUACUACUCUCUUGGUGCUGCCUUGCUUUUCUGCUCCAAGGCAGAUUUAUUGUGUUUGUAACAAUACACUGGCAGUAUUCCUACACCAGGAAUGGGAAGGAAAAAAUAUGAAAAAAACAAAUGAAUUUAACCCUUUUA